UCCACUUGUAUAGAUAUUGAUUGAGGAAAAAAUUGUGCAAAAAAUGGAUUCUUUUGAUGAUGACAUUUUCGAACCAUUAUCUUCUCCUUCUCCUUCAUGUUCGAGCAAAAGUGAUGAGAAACAAGAAAAUGUUCAUCAUCUUUUAGAGGAAGGCUGGUUCUUCGGGGAACUACUCGCAUCAAGAAAAUCAUCAAAAAUGUUGAGAUGCUAUUCUGAUCUCACUCCAAAUUUCGACCAAAAAUCUUUAUCUUCUUCCCCGAAAAAAGCGGGGGGCGGGUUGAGUCGGGCGCCUUCUUUACCGCCUUGUAUAGGAAGAAGACGGGAUUCGGAGAGUUUCGUAGGGAGAGAGGGGAGUAAGAAUGGAGUGAGCAAGCUGGUGAGGCAAUUUUCGGAUCAAUGUUUGGUUAAACAACCUAAAAAUGAUUCUGAGAAGACGAUGACGGGGAAAAUGUCGAAGCAUAAGCUGGUAAGAACCCCGUCUCUACCGCAUAAUAUCGGAAGAGACGAAAAUGAUGAUUCGGAUACUAGAAUGAGCACGUUAAUUCGUCAAGCUAUGCCUAAUUCUACUCAAAUCUUGCCUCCCCGCCAUACUUCCAAGGGGAUGGCACAAAGCUAUAGCAUGCCAAAAUACAGGCCACCAAGGAAUUGGAAGAACAAAACCCUAAAUGAAGUGCCAAAAUUCACAGAUAAAAAACAAGACUUGGAACCAAGUGCUGAUGGAAUCUUAGUACCUGGUUUAAAUUUACAGGACAAUAAAAAAACAGAUGAGGCAGAUACAAAAAAUAAGGCCAAAAAGGGCUAUUAUUAUCAUGUUUAUGAGGCAAGACAAGUACAACAAAGUUGUGCUCCUCCAAUCCCAAUUUGGGCUGCUUCUCAAAAUUCUGCAGAAGAUAUGAAAAUGCAGCUUAAGUAUUGGGCUAGAGCAGUUGCAUCUAAUGUCAGAUAGCUACAGCCUUUGAUAAUUUUUGUAUAACAUUUGGAUUAAUGCUAAUAAAAUUAUGAAAUUUAGUA